CUUCCAAUUGAAGACGAAGAUGGCCAUCAAGAAGAGUCCAUGUCAACUGCUGACAGUGAAGAGCCAGGCAGUCUGACCCAUGAUAGGAGGGAGCCAAGUGAAGAGCCAGCCAGUCUGACCCAUGAUAGAAGGGAGCCAAGUGAAGAGCCAGCCAGUCUGACCCAUGAGUCCAUGUCAACUGCUGACAGUGAAGAGCCAGGCAGUGUGACCCAUGAUAGGAGGGAGCCAAGUGAAGAGCCAGCCAGUCUGAGCCAUGAUAGAAGGGAGCCAAAUCCUCAAGAGUCCAUGUCAACUGCUGACAGUGAAGAGCCAGGCAGUCUGACCCAUGAUAGGAGGGAGCCAAGUGAAGAGCCAGCCAGUCUGAGCCAUGAUAGGAGGAAGCCAAGUGAAGAGCCAGCCAGUCUGACCCAUGAGUCCAUGUCAACUGCUGACAGUGAAGAGCCAGGCAGUCUGACCCAUGAUAGGAGGGAGCCAAGUGAAGAGCCAGCCAGUCUGACCCAUGAUAGGAGGGAGCCAAGUGAAGAGCCAGCCAGUCUGACCCAUGAGUCCAUGUCAACUGCUGCCAGUGAAGGGCCAGCCAGUCUGACCCAUGAUGAAAUGAGGCAGCCAAAUCCUCAAGGGACAGGGACAAGAAAAGGAAUGAAACGAAAGUGGGCCAGCGAAGAGAACAUAUGUUUCAUGAACUUUUUUAGAGAUGAAUUAAGAGAAAAAAAAAUGCCAUCUGGCUCAAAAAUAAUGGGGUCCCUAAAAAUACUUACCGGAAGAACAGUGGCCCAGAUAAGGGCAAGGGUCCAUAACAUUAUUAUGGAAAAACAAAAAUGGAAAAAGAAUUGUUGAACUGUGGAAUAUGUUUAUGCCCCUGGUAGGGUGGCAUAUAGCAGUUGAACUGUCCGUCAGUCAGUCAGUCUGUCCAUCUGGCCGAAAACUUAUAUGGCCAUAACUUUUUCAAUAUUGAACAUAGCAACUUGAUAUUUAUACCCCUAUUACAAUUGGUAAUGGGGGCUAUAUAGGAGUCACGUUUGUCGGUCUGUCCCGAUAUUUCAUCCGAUCUUCACCAAACUUGGUCAGUAGUUGUAUGUAGAUAAUGUCUAGAUCAAGUUUGAAUAUGGGUCAUGCCAGGUCAAAAACUAGGUCAUGGGGUCACUUAGUAUGUUUUAAACUGUAAGUUUGUACGGACCAUAGCUAUGUUAUUUAUCGUUACAUUUUUAAAUGACUCGGUACAUUUGUUCACCAUCAUGGAACGGUGUGUCGCGUUAAAAGAAAUUACGUCAAUAUCUCAAAGGUCAAGGUCACACUUGGGAGUUCAAAGGUCAAAUGCUUGUCCGGGCCAUAGCUUUGUUUUUUAUUGUGAGAUUUUAAAAUCAUUUGGCACAUUUGUUCACCAUCAUUGAACAGUGUGUCGGGCGAAAGAAUUACGUCGAUAUUUCCAAGAACAAGGGCACAAUUUGAGUUUAAAGGUAAAAAAUGGCCAUAAUUGAGCUUGUCUGGGCAAUAACUAUGUUGUUUAUUGUGCGAUUUUAAAAUCGUUGGCUCUUUUGUUCACCAUCAUUUGACAGUGUGUCGCGCGAAAGAAUUACGUCGAUAUCUUCAAACUCAAAGUUGUAGUUUUAGUUCAAAGGUCAAAAAUGGCAAUAAAUUAUCUUGUCUGGGCCAUAAAUAUGUCAUUCAUUGUAAGAUUUUAAAAUGACUCUGUACAUCAAUUUUGUUCAAAGUCAUUGGAAGGCUUGUCAUGUGAAACAAUUCAAGAGUUCAAAGGUAAAAAUGGCUAUAAAUGAUAAUGGCAUAAUGAUUCUUAAAAAAUCGCCAUAAAUUGUAUUAUCUUGUUUUGUGAAGACAGCAUACAAAAUAGUCUGUGUCAAUGCGUUAUGUGGGGGUAUAUGUCACGUCUGUGACAAAGCUCCAGUUGGCAUGCAUGUGCAUCUUGUGAAGCUGCACAUAUUGAGUGGUGAAAAGUGAAGGUCAAGGUAAUCCUUCAAGGUUAAAUGUUAAAUAUAUUGCUUCUGUCCGUCCGUCUGAAAACUUUAAAAUUGGCCAUAACUUUUGAGCUCACCUGAGUGCAACAUGCUCAUGGUGAGCUUUUGUGAUUGCCUUUUGUCCGUUGUGCGUUGUAUGUCGUCAACAUUUUGCCUUGUGAACACUCUAGAUGCCACAUUUAUUGUCUGAUCUUCAUGAAAUUUUGCAGAACAUUUGUCACAUUGAUACCUCGACUGAGUUCGAAACUGGGUCAUGCUGGGUCAAAAAUUAGGUCACUAGGUCAAAAAAACAACAAAAAAACUUGUGAACACUGUAGAAGUCCAAUCUUCAUGUAACUUUGUCAAAAUGUUUGUCUAAAUGAUAUUUUGGUUUAGUUAAAAAUUGGUUCCGGUCCGUUGAAAAACAUGGCCGCCAGGGGCGGGGCAGUUUUCCUUAUAUGGCUAUAGAGAAACCUUGUGAACACUUUAGAAGUCAAAAUGUUUGCCUAAUCAUCAUGAAACUUGGUCAAAACAUUGGUUUUAUUUAUAUUUUGGACGAGUUUGAAAAUGGUCCAGAUCAGUGAAAAAACAUGGCCGCCAAGGGGCGGGGGAGUUUUCCUUAUGUCUUUAGUUAAACAUUGCUAACACUCUAGAGGCCACAUUUAUUGUCCAUUCUUCAUGAAAUUUGGUCAGAAGUUUGGUCUCAAUGAUAUCUUAGACGAGCUGAAAAUGCUUACGUUUGCUUGAAAAACAUGGCUGCCAAAGGGCGGGGCAUUUUUCCUUAUAUGGCUAUAUAUGGCUAUAGUAAAAUCUUGUUAACACUCUUGAGGCCACAUUUAUUUUCCGAUCUUCAUGAAACUUGGUCAGAAUAUUCAUCCCAAAAAAUAUCGUAGACAAGUUAAAAAAUGAUGCUGGUUGGUUGAAAAACAUGUCCGCCAGGGGGUGGGGCAUUUUACCUUAUAUGGCUAUAGUAAAACUUUGUUAACACUCUAUAGGCCACAUUUAUUUUCUUAUCUUCAUGAAACUUGGUCAGAAGAUUUGUCCUAAUGAUAUCUUGGAUUAGUUCAAAAAUAGUUUCGUUUGCUUAAAAAACAUGGCCACCAGGGGGCGGGGCAUUUUUCCUAAUAUGGUUAUGUAUCAUGCUUUACUAAAACAUUGUAAACACUCUGUAGGCCACAUUUAUUUUCCGAUUAUUAUGAAACUUGGUCAGAUGAUUUGUCCUAAUGAUAUCUUGGAUGAGUUCAAAAAUGGUUCUAGUUGGUGGAAAAACAUGGCCACUAAGGGGGCGUGGUAUUUUUCCUUAUAUGGCUAAAGUAAAACCCUGUUAAAACUCUAGAAGCCAUA